AACAGACCUGCUUAAGCUACUCGCAUUGGCUGGUCCAGCUGUAGCGGCGACCCUACUGUGCUAUCAUCGAUUCUGAUAUUCCUUUUCUUCCCUCUAGAAUCCGCACUUGGAUGUCUGAAGACGCUGCCGGCGACAAGCUGGGACCGCUCGAGAACAACAGUGUCAGCUCAGUUGCUCAGCCUUUCAAGAAGCGGUCCACCUUUCCACGAUCUAUCAGCGAGCUGGUGACCAACCAGCUAGUUCCAGGCAACAUGGCCAAGAGUCAGGCGCUCAAUACCAACAUGGGCGUGGACUUCAUUAUCAGCUAUCGCUUCGAACCUUCAGAGAAAUCCAAAGCUGCCGCUGGUUUCGAGAAGCUAUGCGAGAAGCUCUCUGCGGUUGGCUUGGCCACUGAGGCCCGCAAUGGAGAUAAGAACUCUGUCUUGCUAUUUGUGCAAGUUGCCAGUGAGGACCACAUGUUCGCAGAAGUGUAUCGAAGCAGAGUCAAGGACUGGAUCCAUGGCGUGCAAACUGGCGAGCCCCCACAAGACGUGCGAGCAUCUCUGGAACAGAAUCCGCUGGCCGAAGCUGAACGUCAACGCAUUGUCUACCAAAUGAUCACCAAUCCAGAGGAUGAAGGCGGUGCUGGCAUUAGGGUGAAGUCGACUGAGUGGGAGAAUGUCGAGAGCAUAUUUGCUCUGCACGACCACACGUUCAACAAGCACUGGCUCAAGAAGUGGGCAACUCAGUGGGCCAUUUCUUCCGAGGACCUGGACGACAUUCGCAAUCGCUUUGGCGAGAAGGUCGCCUUCUACUUUGCCUUCGAGCAAACCUACUUCAACUUCCUACUGUUUCCGACAGGAUUCGGUGUCUUCGCAUACUUCUUCUUGGGCUCGUUCAGCGCCUUCUAUGCCAUCGUCCUGUGCCUCUGGUCGAUUGUCUUCGUGGAGUGGUGGCGACACCAGGAGCAAGAUCUCUCAAUAAGAUGGGGGGUUCGCGGAGUGAGCAGCAUUGAGAGCAAGCGCCACGAGUUUCAGCCUUCAAAAGAGGUCGAGGACCCUGCUACAGGAGAGCUCGUGAAGAUCUUCCCAUGGGACGAGCGACUGAAGCGUCAAGCAUUGCAGCUGCCAUUCGCCAUCCUCGCAGUAUUGGUCCUUGGUAGUCUCAUCAUCCUCUGCUUUGCGAUUGAGAUCUUUAUCGGCGAGAUCUACGACGGUCCAGGAAAGUCCAUCUUGACCUUCACGCCGACAGUUAUUCUGACGACCUGCUUGCCUCUGCUUACUGGGGCACUCACCAAUGCUGCAAAGAGAUUGAACGACUUUGAGAAUUACGAGACUGACACUGCCAAUGGCCGAGCGCUCACUGCGAAGCUGUUCAUUCUGGACUUCAUCACUUCAUACAUGGGUAUUAUCCUCACAGCUUUUGUGUACGUACCGUUUGGUAGCGUGCUCGUCCCGUAUCUGGAUGUAUUCAGUAGAAUGUUCGCAACUGAAGCAGCACGAGCAAAGACUACCAAAGGAGGACACUAUACGAUCAAUCCCGACCGACUUCGCAAGCAAACGAUCUACUUCGCGGUGACUGCUUCGAUUGUCAACUUCGCCAUGGAAGUUGUCGUGCCAUACGUCAAGAGGCAAGGUGGUCUCAAGUUCAAGGAGAUCAAAGCGAGUCGCACCGGCACUGGGCUCGAGCAGUCUGACGCAGUUGCCGAUGCGCCGCAGGAAGAGAAGGAAUUCUUGGACCGCGUACGCAGCGAGGCCGAAUUGCCCACAUACGAUGUCUAUACCGAUCUGCGAGAGAUGAUCAUCCAAUUUGGAUACCUGUCACUGUUCUCAGUCGUCUGGCCACUUGUCCCUGCUAGUUACCUGGUCAACAACUGGUUCGAGCUGCGCGCAGAUGCUGUCAAGAUUUGCGUCGAGAUGCAACGACCUACGCCGUGGCGUGCUGACACCAUCGGACCAUGGCUCGACGCUUUGAGCUUCUUGACCUGGCUCGGCAGCAUCACGAUGGCUGCGUUGACGUACAUGUUCUCCAACGACGGAGUCGGUCCGGAUGGCAGACCACACGAUAUCAAAGGCUGGGGUCUGUUGCUUUCCAUCUUCUUCAGCGAGCACCUGUACCUGUUUGUGCACGCUUUGGUCCGGAGUGCAAUCCAGAAGAUAGACUCCCCUGGUCGCCAAAAGAUGCGACGAGAUCGUUACUUGACACGACAACAGCUCGUCCAGGAUAGCCUUGCGAAACUGCCAAAGGUCCCGAAUAUUAGCGACAAUGACACACCCAUCACACGGGAGUCUCUGGAGGAAGAUGCAAGGAGGGCCAGCCUCAAGGCCGCAACACCAAUCGAGAGAUUCUGGUCACGACAGCGUGGCUGGCGCGAGUCGGCGAAGAUGGGCAAGGUGUUCAUCGAGAAGUAUCAAGACGAGGCUGCAGCUGCAGACCAAAAGAAGGAGCUCUAAGCCGUUCUACGAACGCACUGACGCUUGGGAAACAGGACACGCAACCUGAGAAUUGUUACUAAGACAUGGGCAGCGUAGCGUUCUGGGUGACUUCGACCUCACAUAUGCGCUUCUCUUUUACACCACCUACAAAAUCUCUCGUCCGAGGCAGAAAUUCCGCUCAAUGCUUCAUUACUGGUGCCGUGAUGAAAGUUCAGCUAUUCUCUUGCAUGUGGUCGGAGUAUGCUUAAGACGCCUGGGCGCCACAAUAUUGUAGCGUCGCGGGGAAGAAGUGGGCGAUCGCACUCUUCUAUCGCAUGCCACGUGCAACUCGUAUAUCGAUAUCUUUAUCUCACCAAGUGAAGACUGAUGUGCAAUCCUUUAUUGCGGUGCCUGACGAUCUCUGCUUCCAUAAUCUUUUGUCCGACCAACACU